CUCUUCUUUUGGCCUAUGGAUUGUGUUCAUGUUCUACUCUAUGUAGAGAAAUGUCAAGUUAAGUCUCUCUUGUGUAUUUAUAUUUCUAUUGAACAAAGUUUUUAUUUAUACGCGUGGUGUUUAACUAGAUACCAUUUCCUGGUUGCAUGGCAGUAACGACAUCUGCAGAAGGUAAUGAUGAAAAUGAGAGGGAUUCUUCGGCGAAUAUGGUUUUUGUUCCUUUGACAAGGUUGUAUGUGAGGGUUUCCAUGCGGUGGGUGGUCUGGUAUUAUGAGAGAUGUCAGGUACUGUGGUGGGUGCACACGGGAUGAUCUACAAUGGUCUUCAAAAUCCGAUACUAGUUCUCGGCACUACGGGAUACAAUCAGGUGGUGACAGCUCUGUGGAUUGGAAGUUGUGUGGAUUGAAGGCGAUGCGAAGGUCAUUACUGAUAAGGUGAAUGUUAGUAAAAUUCAAGAUGAUGCUGGUAGUGUCUUACUUGAAGAAAUUCGGCAUCUCAUGUCGUCUUCACCUGGGUUUCAGGUUAGGUUUAUGGGUAGGCGAACAAUAGGGUAGUCCAUAUGGUGGCUAGAAAGGCCAUAUAUUUGUUUCCUACAAGUUAUAAUAGCUUCGACUUUCGAGCGUGGUUUUGGUCGGAGCCAAAAUUUGUGUAAUUUUAUGUUCUUGUCAAUACAAGCGAGCUUUUCGUAAGAAAAAAAAACUAGGUACCAUUUGCCAUGCCUAUCCACUAACAAGGAUGGAUCAAUUCCCACGAAUGUACGUGAAACGACGUUGAGAUAAGGGCAGCCCUUUUGGUCUAACAAUUCCUAAUCACACAUUACCCUUCUAAUAAUCUUAGGUGCCCUACCCUAGACUCCAUCCAUUCCCAAGUCCUAACUUAGCCCUACGAUUGUUAUAUAAUUGAUGGUUACCUGCUAACUAGCUAGCUAAUCAAUUUGCUGACUCCAUUUGUUGCAAUUUGCAUCCCCCAUUUUGUCACUAAAGGCUGCAAAGUAAAGAGGGUUAAAGCAGGCACAAGGCAAAUUCCCAAGCCUCACGCAUUUGCCCUCUUUCAUUUGUUUUCUUAUGCCGUGUCAAAUACUGCAAAGUGACUCAUAAGUCAGUCAUACCUAAUCUUGUUUAGGCCACUCAAAGUUGAAGUGUUAUCAAAUUUUCUAAACUCUCUUCAAUGAGGUGAAGGUUGAGGCUGAGCUCGUACAUGGUGGUUCUUUUCAAGUCAUUAGUCAGGAUACUUGAGGUCUUGAACUUGGUCGAAGAAGAUUAUCAUUUUUCUUGGGAGAAUGUCGCGUAUACUAUUUGAGCAUAUAGAACAUAUUCUCGAUAGAAGGAUUAUAGAUGGUUUAUUGGACCUAGGGCAUGCUAGGUAGCUCCUCAACUUGUCGUUCGUUGGCUUCAUUUAUAAUCGAGUUUUCAGCUCUAGGAUAAUGUUUUUGCUUGCAUAUAUUUGGAUAUGUCAUAAAAGAUUAAUCGAUGAGACUGUCAAAUCGAGCACAAUAGACGUCUAGGUCUUCAAUUUUUUACCAAGCGAACUUAUCAAGAGUGACAGAGAAAUGUACGCUAAACUCGCAAAGGAUGUUGACCAACAUAAACUUUCCAUAUGUUUGUCUAGUGAGCCUCUAUGGUUCUUAAGAUUCCAUGCUAAACCUUGGAUGAAAAAAGCAACUUAAUUGCACAUCAAGAGUAAAACAUGUUGCCAAACAAUAAAUUAAAGGGACUAAAUCUAUACGUUUAUCUAAAGUUCGAUAAGACCCCACACCAAUCGCUACACAACUGUGUAAUUCACUUGAUCAAAAGAACAGAGUGGGGUUUUCCUUUCUAUAUUCAGAACAAAAAAGUGGUGUGAUUCGCUUAUGUCCUUUUCCCUUCUCUGUUUCGCCCUUUUUCUUCCAAGCUCCAACUCUAAGUUGGGUUAGUGCUGAAUGCUGAUUGCCGGGGACUUCGAGUGGUUAAGAUUGAAAGUGACUACGAACAAACCAACCAACCAACCAACGGACAAACGGAACCAAACUUCCUAUGCACUAUAUAUAAUUUCAACAAAGCUUCUUUCCCAAUUGAUUAUUCCAUCUUCCCCACUUCCUCAAUUCUUUCAUCGCCAUCUUCUUCUACAACCCUCCUCUAGCUUAUCUGAAUACCUGAGCUGAGCUCAAUCAGCAAGUGCGGAAGUGCCGACCAAGCUACAAAAGUAAGCAAGCUUUUUUAUGCUUCUCCCCUGUUUCCAGCUCCUCCUGGGCUCUUACAAAGUUGGCGUCUUUUCCCCUUUUGGGUUCUGAAUUUCUUGUUGUUUGGUUUUUGGUAUUCUUGGUUUGUGAUUUGGUUUUGCGUUUUGGUGCAGCUGGAGUGGGGGAAAGGGAAAGCGAAUCCAAUUGUGAACAACUUGAGAGCCAGGCUGCGGCUGAAGCCUAUGCCCUUGAUGAACGUGUUUCAUGAUGGUGAUGGCUUCCCCAGGAUCGUUCUCGCCGACCCUUCUGGCUCAUCAGCUGAGGUGCUUCUGUAUGGGGGGCAGGUUGUCUCCUGGAAGAAUGAAAGGAGAGAAGAACUACUCUUUAUGAGCAGCAAGGCCAUAUGGAAGCCACCUAAGGCCAUCCGAGGGGGAAUACCUGUCUUCUUUCCUCAGUUUGGAAAUCUUGGUACUUCGGAGAGAAAUGGAUUUGCUAGGAAUAAAUUCUGGACGAUAGACAGUGAUCCUUCACCUUUGCCUCCAUCAAACAACCACUCAUCAGUAGAUCUUCUGUUGAAGUCCACAGAUGAGGACCUGAAGAUCUGGCCUCGGAGCUUUGAGUUACGGCUUCGUGUCUCCCUUAGUGCUGGAAAGCUCACUUUGAUACCUCGCGUGAGAAACACAGAUACCAAACCUUUCUCUUUCACAUUUGCUCUCCGAAACUAUUUAUCUGUAUCAGAUAUCAGUGAAGUGCGUGUUGAAGGCUUGGAGACACUUGACUACUUAGACAAUCUUAUGAGGCGAGAGAGGUUUACUGAACAGGCAGAUGCAAUCACUUUUGAUGGCGAGGUUGACAGAAUAUAUUUGAGCUCUCCACAGAAGAUCGCCAUUAUAGACCAUGAGAAAAAGAGAACUUUUGUGCUGCGCAAGGAUGGGAUGCCUGAUGCAGGUAUGUGGAAUCCUUGGGACAAAAGGGCCAAAACAGUGCCUGAUUUGGGAUACGAGGACUACAAAACCAUGUUGUGUGUGGAUUCUGCUGUCACUGAAACCCCAAUCGUCCUAAAACCUUCGGAAGAAUGGAAAGGCUACCAGGAGCUCUCUACUGUUUCAUCAAGUUAUUGCAGUGGGCAAUUAGAUCCUCGAAAGGUUCUUUACGGUUUCUGAUGAACUUGAUCAGUUCACGUAGUGUGGAUAAGUAAGAUUAUUGACUCAACAACCUUUCUCCCAAUAAGUUAUAAAUACUACUAGUAGAAAAGCUAUAAAAUUUAGGGAUUUGGUCUUGCAGUGAGUCAAUUCCACAUUGCUGAGCAACAAGAUAUUUGUAUGUUGCCUCUUUGUGAUGAUAUGAUAUUAUCAAUAUUUCUGAGAUGUAAUUAGAAACAGUGAGUUUUGUGAUCUGAUUUGCAGUUGAUUCUUAUCACACUUGUCAUUGCAAUUGCUAAAGAUCAAGGUACACUUGGUGACAUAAAAUGAAGCGGGGAAGUUGAU